AUGAUGCCAAUAAAAACCGAUGAUGAUAUUUUUCUCAAUACUUAUUUAUUAGUUAAUAUUAUAGAUAUUGCUCUUAUGAAUAUGGCAAAUAAUCAAUUAAAACUUGAAUAUAACUAUUCAGAUACGUCAGCAAUUAUUUAUGCAAAUACAUGUUAUAUUGUAACUGAUGAUGAAUAUCCAUGUAAAAAUUAUCCUCUUUAUAUGAGUGGUUUUGGUUAUAUUGUUAAUCAUAAUGCACGUUUAAAACUUCUUUGUACUUUUUUCGAAUUAAAAAAUUUUUUCAUAUGUCUGAUUCGAACACAUGCUGAUAAUUAUGGAUAUGAAUCAUCAUUACAUAAUAAUAAUAAACAAAUUGAUAUAUUUGAACGUUUCAAUACAUAUUGGUAA